CACCCCUGCCACAAGAGAACAUCAUAUACAAGGCAUACACUGAAGAUACACUGGGAGUGCUUAUUUCUACUGCUGUCAUAGACGUCUGGCCCCUCAGCCUCUGCGCGCGUGUUAGUCCUCCCAUCCCUGCCACGUCAUCGCUGUCGUCGUUGUUGUCGUCUUCGCCAUUCGUUCCCGUGAGCCAUGAAGACCCCUCUCUGGACCCUGUUACUGCUGAGCCUGGGCGCCCCGGUGCGGGGAGACUGCCAGAGGGACUGCGUCUCCUGUGGACUCCUACUUCCUGAGCACCAGGCCUUCAGCACACUGGUGUGUUUGCUGGAAUGUGAGGCCCAGAUGUCCCCUGCACUGACCUGGGAUCUGUGUCAAGCCACCGUGAGCCAGAUGCCUGCUUCUCGCCAGCUACACGAAGGGGCCAUGACCAAUCGAGAUGACUAUGGUGGCCCUAUGAGCCUAGAGGAGGGCGAAGAAGAGGAGAUCAACCAAGAGGAAGAACAACAGCAGGAGCAGCAGCAGCAGCCGGCCAUGGAGACCCGGGCUGCCGAGUGGUUCCGAUCCGCACUUGAAGCCGAGCAGGUCCGGGAUGCUCUGGUGAAUGAGGAGGAGGACGAGGAGCGGGAUCGGGAUCGGGACGGCAAAGCAUCGCCGGACCGCCAGGGAGUGGCAGGCUCUGACCUGGAGGCGGCUAGCCUCCAUCUGGCCAAGCGCUUUGGUGGCUUCAUAAAGGGCCGCCACAGCUACCGCAAGCUGGUGGGUCGGGACCUGCCGGCGCCGCUGAGCCCAGAGGCCGACGGCCGGUCGCUGCAGAAGCGCUACGGCGGCUUCAUCGGGAUCCGAAAGUCGGCGCGCAAGUGGAACAGCCAGAAGCGCGUCAGCCAGCUCCUGCGACAGUACCUGAGCCUCACGGGCCGCCCUGUCCGCUUCAACAACCUCUCCGCACCUGGCCUGCGCCGGCCAAUUGACCUGUAGGCCGCCACGCGCCCCACCUGAGCUCCAGUCCACCGACCUUAACAUGACCCUUCCCACUCGUCAUACCUCAAUUCCAUGCUGUUCUGGCAGCAUCCAUGCUAAUGGUCCCAUUGUCCCCUCACACCGCGCAUAGUGCCGCAAAGAAACAAAAUAAAAAUGGAAGAACACAUGGAUGUGGGGAAAAGCCUGACCAUUUUAAUGUUAAAAAAUAACCAAGGAAUGUUCUCUUUUAGUUUCUUUACUACUGAUAUUUUCAUGUUAGUUUUCAGUGUUUUCUUGCUGUGAAAAUCCAGAAAUAGGAACCCAAGCAUGCAAGUCCUUUUUUUAUGAGAUUACAUUGAGGCUCAAUCAUUUUCUUAUUCAUUUUCUCAUUCAUUUUUUAUUCCCUGAGGUCAAGGCGUUGUUAUGGAUAUCUACAAAGAGUAACAAGCUGGUGUAUCAGACAUCGCACUUUAAUCUUUGGUUGUAGUUGUAAGUCUGCACGUAACCGUUUGCAUUGGUUUUCGUUCGUUUUCGUUUUCGUUCAUAUAAAUUACAAGCACUUUGGCUGAGUUAUUUUCAACCAAUGAAUGUGUGUGUGUGUGUGUGUGUGUGUGUGUGUGUGUG